GCCCACGGGCUGUACGGCCGGUAUACACAUGGGGUCACGAGUGUAUCUGACUUGUCCGUUGUCAACUUGGAUGCCAAGUCGAUCCUCUCUACACAAACUUCAUCUCUCUCGCCUCCACGACGCUCUACCAAAGAAAUCGUUGUCAUUCGGUUGACCAACAGUGUCGUAUUUGGACCACAUCUACUAACUCCUACGCGUCGACCUGACACUGCUGAGUAGAAUUAAUGCCUCAACGUUACGAAGCUAGUAUUUUGUCAUUCUUUGUCGCUCUCCUCUGUGCUUCUCAAGUCUAUGCAUCCUGCACGUACUCGAUGGAUUCGACUGACUGCACUCCAUUCCCCACGUCGACCAUCAUCGGUCUUGCUAUUGGCGGAAUUAUUCUCUUGACCAUUGUCAUCUUCGGCAGGGUUUAUCGCCGCCGAAGACUCCAACGACGUGCUGCACAGACGACCUUAGUGUAUGAAACACCCAGUAACAAUUAUGGCAGGCCACAAUCAAAUGUGUAUCAUCCAUACCCCACUCAAUCACAACGUUCUCAUGUUCCCGGUCAAAUGAAUUCGUUGAACCGACAGGGAAUGAAUGUAGCACCCUCAUUUCCAUUUAAGCCAUCUCCGAUGGCACGCACGCGAUCACCAACCAUACCUUCUCCAACCCACUACUCAUAUUCAAAUCGAGCCCCACACAUUUCGCCUCCCUCUUCCCCAACCUCAACCCGUUUACCACCCCCUGGGGUUCCCCUCUCUCCCUCCCCCCCUUCGACACAUUCGCGAGUUGAUCCACAUACUGUUCAAACACCGUCCAUUAGUGUCACCCCGGCAGCAUAUACUCCUCCACAUAGCAUGCCCAUUAGGCAUUCAUCACCUCCAGAGAAUAUGGAGAUGCGUCCGUUGACUGUGCAGACGGAAGUUGCAAAUGAUGGACCUCCACCUGCUUAUACCCCCAUUUAAUAGUAUGCAGCAUCAUAAGGAUUGUCCUACAAGAUACCCGAUUUUAAGCAGGGGCUCGCAACUUCAUAAAAAGGUUCAAGGCUUGUGAAGGACACUGUCUGAUUGAUCUUUCUGUGUUCU